AUGCAGUCUAAGCGACUUUGUCCUUCAAUACUUUCUGUCCAGGAUAUGAGACAACGCGACAAAAAACAAAAUGGAUGUUAUAAAUAUGAAAUAUUUUUCCGAGAAACAGUUCCUCCUCAAGAAGUUAUUUGCAAAGGAACAAUUCUUUUAAUUCAUGGCCAAUCAUUUUCAUCAUCAACAUGGCAGGAAAAUUCUACAAUGCAGAUUUUUUCUGCUGCUGGGUACAGAUGUUUAGCGUUUGAUAUGCCUGGUUGUGGUAAAACUGGUGGACCUACAGUUCCGGAUUCUGAAAAAGCCGAAAUAAUUCCUCUUGCCAUGCGUGCCCUUGAACUUGAAACUGUCAUAGUUAUUGGACAUAGUAUGGCCGGACAGUAUAUCAUCCCACUGCUUGGAACAAGUCGGUUAACUUGCGUUGUUGCAGUUGCUUUGUCAAAUACAAAUGUGAUGCCGGCAGCCCCCGAAAGUAUCAGGACGUCAGUGCUGGUAAUGUGGGGUGAAAGUGACACCAGUUUGGGACCUAGUGCUGCCUCUAGUCUCAGCAAAUUACCGAAUUCCAGGCUGUUGAAAAUACCAUCAGCAGGACAUGCUUGUUAUCUCAGCAAUCCAAUUGCAUUCCAAUCAGCUUGUUUGAAUUUUUUCGAGAUGAUGGAGUCUUUUGUUGUUUCUUCAUUGUAA